AUGACAAGAAGGAGAUCGGUUUCAAGCAUUCUUGGCAAUCAAAAAAAAAAUGAACGUAGACGUUCAUUCCAAAAACCUCGCAAAAGGAAGAAAGUUCCUUGUUAUUGCAAUAAUUGUAAUGGAAAAUUGGUAUUGGAACGAACAAAGCUUCUACACGAGACAGGAGGCGAAACGAAUGAUUCGAAUGAAGACGAAUCAAGUGAGGACGAAGCUCUUUCGAUAAUUCAAGAAACUAGUGAACAAGACAUUACCGAAAAUAUUGAAUUACCUCAAGUAAAUGUUGACGUUCAUCAGACUUCGACAUCAGGGUCGGAUUUCGGGGGAUACACCGAAAGUCAAAGGUUACAAAUACCCGGGGACAUAGAUGUUAAUUGUUCUUUUUUACCUCGGAGGCGAGUAAGAUAUACAAGCCAUCCUAUGCCUCAAUCAACAAGUUUGAAUAUCGAAUCGGACGUAUAUAAUACUAGCGAACAAAACACUGAAAUGUCUUUGGGUAGCGAAUCAAAUAAUGAAUCUUACAACGAAAUUUUUGAAGAUUAUUCACCUCCUCCGUAUCAAGCCAACAUGGAUGCAGAAGAAAAUCCAAUCGAUGAUAAAUUUUCAUGGAUUUUAUUGUAG